AUGUCUGGUCUACGAAUCCUCGUGCCGGUCAAGCGCGUCAUUGACUAUGCUCCUCGAGUCAACAAGGCCCAGACGGCCGUCGAGACUACCGGAGUCAAGCACAGUAUGAACCCAUUCGACGAGCUCUCGAUCGAAGAGGCUGUCCGUAUGCGCGAACGCAAAGCCCCGGUCGAGGACAUUCUCGCCUUUUCCGCCGGUCCCACCAAGUCCCAGGACAUUCUGCGUACCGCCAUGGCCAUGGGUGCCGACCGUGCACUCCACAUUGUCGAAGAGAAGACCGAACUGGAGCCUUUGAGCGUCGCCAAGUUGCUCAAGAAGGUUGUCGAGGACGAAAACCGCAACCUUGUCAUUCUGGGCAAGCAGAGCAUCGACGACGAUGCCAACCAGACUGGCCAAAUGCUUGCUGGUCUGCUGGGCUGGGCUCAGGCUACCCAGGCCUCCAAGGUCGAAGUUGAGGGUGACACAUGUACCGUGACCAGAGAGGUCGACGGCGGAGUCGAGACAUUGCGCGCCAAGCUACCCAUGGUCAUCACUACCGACUUGCGAUUGAACGAGCCGCGCUACGCCAGUCUGCCAAACAUCAUGAAGGCCAAGAAGAAGCCGCUGGUCAAGAAGACCAUGGAGGACUAUGGCAUCGAUCUCACCAAGCGCCUCAAGCAUGUCAAGGUCACCGAGCCCCCACCGAGACAGGGAGGCGGUAAGGUCGAGGACGUUGAUGGCAUGAUUUCCAAGCUCAAGGAGCUGGGCGCGUUAUAG